CACGCGCGGGAGUGCGGCCGUCGCGCGGCGCGGGCGGGCGGCAGCAAUGGCGGCGGCCGGAGCGGGAGCGGGGGAGCGGCGGCGGCCCCGCCGCGGGGCGUCCGCGCCUGGCUGCGGAGCGCCUUCCGCUUCGCCACCGACCGCAACGACUUCCGCAGGAACCUGCUGCUGAACCUGGGGCUGUUUGCCGCCGGGGUGUGGGUGGCCCGGAACCUGACCGACAUCGACCUGAUGGCCCCGCAGCCCGUCCCGUAGCUCCGGAAGGAGCUGGAGCUGCUGGGAGCAGAGCUCGCCCUCCCCCCAGGACUGGAGCUGUGGAGC